CGCGCGUGCGCACUGGGGCCCCUAACAGAGGGCUGACGGCUUGGAGCCCAGGGACCAGCGGAUGGACUGACGGACUGACUGACUGACUGAGGGAGUGAGACAGGGGCGGACAACCGGAGGCACGAGUCCCACGGGGGGCCCCGGCUCAGCCCCAGCCGGGGAGCCUCCCUGAAGGCCACGCGGGUGGGGUCUGCAGCUGCUCCCCGGCCUUUCUGGCAGAAUGUCAGGAAGCCACACCCCUCCUGCUGGGGGCCCCUUCUCAGCCUUGACCCCAAGCAUAUGGCCCCAGGAGAUACUGGCCAAGUAUUCCCAGAGGGAAGAGCUUUGUGAGCCGAAGGAGAUGCGAUACGAUGAGUUUGGCUUCCGAGUGGAUAAGGAAGCAGACGAAGCCAACCCCGGCCCGCUGUUGGGCGCGCCCCUGGCGGAGGACCCCCAGCAGAGGCUAAGGUGGCAAGCCCACCUCGAGUUCACGCACAACCACGACGUGGGCGACCUCACAUGGGACAAGAUCGAGAUGUCCCUGCCGCGCUCCGACAAGCUCUACUCCCUGGUGCUGGGCGGCAUCCCUCACAGCAUGCGGCCUCAGCUGUGGAUGCGUCUCUCGGGGGCCCUGCAGAAGAAGCGCGGCUCCGACACGGCCUACAGGGACAUCGUCAAGAACAGCUGCGAUGACGAGACGCUGGCGGCCAAGCAGAUCGAGAAGGACCUGCUCCGCACCAUGCCCAGCAACGCCUGCUUCUCUGCCAUGAACAGCGUCGGGGUGCCCCGGCUGCGCAGGAUCCUCCGAGGGCUGGCCUGGCUCUACCCCGACAUCGGCUACUGCCAGGGCACCGGCAUGCGGCCCGUCCCCCCGCAGGUGGCCGCCUGCCUGCUGCUGUUCCUGGAGGAGGAGGACGCCUUCUGGAUGAUGUGCGCCAUCAUCGAGGACCUGGUGCCCGCCGCCUACUUCAGCACCACGCUGCUGGGCGUGCAGACGGACCAGCGGGUGCUGCGCCACCUGAUCGUGCAGUACCUGCCGCGGCUGGACCGGCUGCUGCAGGAGCACGACAUCGAGCUGUCGCUCAUCACCGUGCACUGGUUCCUGACGGCCUUCGCCAGCGUGGUCCACAUGAAGCUGCUGCUGCGCAUCUGGGACCUCUUCUUCUACCAGGGCUCCCUGGUGCUCUUCCAGACCACCCUGGGCAUGCUGCGGAUGAAGGAGGAAGAACUGAUCCAGUCGGAGAACUCAGCCUCCAUCUUCAACACGCUGUCGGACAUCCCGGCCCAGAUGGGGGACCCCGAGGCGCUGCUGGCCGAGGCCAUGCGGCUGGCCGGCUCCCUGACGCACGUGGCCGUGGAGGCCCAGCGCCGCAAGCACCUGGCCUACCUCCUGGCCGACCAGGGCCAGCUGCUGGGCCCCUGCGCCGCCACGAACCUCACCAAGGUGGUCCGGCGCAGAACCCAGCGCAGGAAGUCGGGCCUCGCCUCCCUGCUCUUCGGGGACGAGGACCUCGAGGCCUUGAAAGCCAAGAACAUCAAGCAGACCGAGCUGGUGGCCGACCUGCGCGAAGCCAUCCUGCAGGUGGCCCGCCACUUCCAGUGCGUAGACCCCAAAAACGGCGCUGUGGAGCUGACCCCCGACUACACCAUGGAGAGCCACCAGCGCGACCACGAGAAGUACGCGGCGUGCUUCCGCGGCCAGCGGCGCCGGGCCAAGGCCCUGCUGGACUUCGAGCGCCACGACGACGACGAGCUGGGCUUUCGCAAGAACGACGUCAUCACGAUCGUCUCGCAGAAGGACGAGCACUGCUGGGUGGGGGAGCUGAACGGCCUGAGAGGCUGGUUUCCCGCCAAAUUCGUGGAAGUCUUGGACGAACGCAGCAAAGAGUACUCUGCGGCUGGAGAUGACUCGGUGACCGAAGGAGUCAUGGACUUGGUGCGAGGGACUCUGUGUCCGGCCCUCAAGUCCAUCCUGGAACACGGCCUGAAGAAGCCGUCCCUGCUGGGGGGCCCCGGCCACCCGUGGCUGUUCAUCGAGGAGGCCGCGGGCCGCGAGGUGGAGCGGGACUUCGACUCCGUCUACUCGCGCCUGGUUCUCUGCAAAACUUACAGGUUAGACGAGGACGGCAAAGUGCUGACCCCCGAGGAGCUGCUCUAUCGGGCCGUUCAGUCCGUGAACAUGACGCACGACGCGGCGCACACCCAGAUGGACGUCAAGCUGCGCUCCCUCAUCUGCGUGGGGCUCAAUGAGCAGGUCCUGCAUCUGUGGCUCGAGGUGCUCUGCUCGAGCGUGGCCACGGUGGAGAAAUGGUACCAUCCGUGGUCCUUCCUGCGCAGCCCGGGCUGGGUCCAGAUCAAGUGCGAGCUUCGAGUCUUGUGCUGCUUUGCCUUCAGUCUCUCUCAGGAUUGGGAGCUUCCCAUCAAGAAAGAGGAAAAGGAGAAGAGACCCUUGAAAGAAGGCGUGCAGGACAUGCUGGUGAAACACCACCUCUUCAGCUGGGACAUAGAUGGGUGACCCCCGUCCGGGACCCUCCCCCACCCAGGGCGCCCUGGGAGUUAUGGGGCGGCAGGAGGGAGCCCCGAACCAGCGGGGCGGGCCUUGCCAUCCGGUGGCCUUUUCCUCCGUCUUUGCUCAGGUGGGAACAUUGAGAGAGCCGGCGGAGGACGCUCUUGGCAACAGUGACAGGACCUUUAUUUUGGUUUAUAAAUAAACAGCAUAUUGUGAAA